UGUCUAACACCUUUCAAAUGAAACGAUUCACUUUUAUAAAUAUAUUAGUUUAUCAAUUGACUCAUUAACAUUUAAAAAAGAAAAACAUUAAGUCAAAUUGAAAUUUGAGUCAACAUUUUUAUAACUUUUUAACUUAUUUUAGUAGAAAACCUUUAAUCUUGAGAUUACAUUAGUUGGUUUUUCCAAGCUCACCAAAGUACUUGAUACGAGAAUCGAAUUCAGACUUAUUUUAAGUGCGAAUCGCUUUUGUUUUUCCUGUCGCAUCAACUUAUAUCUAUUAAUAGAUCAUAUUAUGGAAUCGAUUUGUCAAAUUAAGAACUUAAAGAGUAAAAGCUUCAAAAAGAAAAAAACAUACUCGUAAUGUAAUCAUAAUGACAACACUUUUGAUCGUGAACAAAACUAUUGAUCAUCUGGAUUGUAUUUGUGAUAAAAAAAUGCCUAUUUUUAAAGGGAACAGACAUAUCAAAAACAAAUAUUCUUUGAGUCUAUUUUCUACACGAAAUUAUGCAUCAAUAUUUGAAAACAAAAGAACGAACAUAUCGAGUAAUUUUAUUCUUUUUUUUUAAGCAAAACUGGGCAAAAUUUACCCAAGUUGUGCUUGACUUGAUUGGUUUUUUUUCCUAGAAGACCUUAUUUGACGAUUCUUUAUUCACAUCGAUCAAAGGAAGUGGUCAAGUCUAGCGUGGGUGAGGGGUGUGGGUGGGUGUGGGUAUGUGCAUAAAGAUUAGGACACCCACACCCAUGAUUUCGACCAUUUUUAUAAAAAUACAUGUUCAAGAUGAAUAUUCAAUAGGAAAAUGAAUGUGAACAUCUACAACUGAUUUAAAUAAUAUAUAGAUAUAUGUUAAUGAAAAAUAUAUUCUCAUUAAAAGGCAACUAUAUCCUUCCGACGUCUCUCCAAUAGUUUUUUUUUCGGAAUUUUUACGGUAAUGGUAUUCCUCGAAGAUGUUUUUUUUUUCGUUGAAGUCAUUUGUGAAACUAAUCGAAAAGAUGACUCGAUCUUCUAUAAUAUAAUUUCUGAAAAUUUUAUGUUCGAACAAUUUUAAAAAGUUUUUUUAGUAAAUAUGUUUGUAGAACGAAUGAUGGUUUAAUAUUUCGUUUGAUUAAGUGCCGCAUUAUACAAUUACUUUGAAUUUCUAAGAAAAGUCAAGUAAACUAUCUUAUUAUAUAUUGCUGUUUAUUUAUUCUUUGACCAAUAUGUUUCUCAAAAAACAAAUAGACUCUUUAUCAAGUAACUAAUAUCCGUUGGCACAGAAAGAAGAAAAACACAUUUAAUUUUACUGUUCAAUAUGACAGAAAUAUUUACAUGGAUAGAACAAAUAUUAUUCAUAUAAAUCUUUAAUUAAAUAAAUAGUUUUGAUAGAUAAAUCAUCGAUAAUAAUCAAAUAUAACAUUGUUUAAGUAGAUAGAAUAAGAUAUUUUUUAAUCGAGUUUUGAUUUUUUUAAGAUACUUUAUAUAGAUAUGAGUCGAAUUUUUUUAGAAUUUCAUAGAUUUAAUUAAAUAAAAUAAAUAUACAAGAUAAUAGAAAUAAAGGAGGAAAUAUAUUAAGUUAAUGUUGUUGAUGGUGUUUAUCAUCGAAGUAUAAUAAAAGUCUCAAUAUGCAUUGAUAAAUGAAUAUUAUUUAGACAUGAUACGUGAUCGAUUUGAUCUAUUAAAAUAUUGAAUUUACAAGCAAAGACAACUGUAUUCAAUUUAAAGAAAUAAAAAGUAAAUAGUCUUAGUAAUGUUUUUAAUUUGUUUAGUAAUCAAGAAUAAAAUCAUCAAGGUGAAAUCGAACAGGAAUAUUUGUUUGUUUGUUUGUUUGUUUAUCAUUGUGGAGAAUAAUUGAAAAUCUAUACUUCCUAUUGAUGACUUCACUUUAUUUAAACAGUUUGAAAUUUGAAAUUGUCAAUCUGUUUAUAGAUAGAUAGAUAAAUAUUUUUUGUUUUUUUGUUCUAUUUAAAUAAAAAUUAAUUUCAAAAUGUAAAGAUCGAAAAUAGUAAUAAAGAACAUUUAUUAUUAUCAAUAUCAUAUGAUUAUAUUCUUCAAAUUGAUCAUGAUAAUUCUUACAAUCAAUUUGAAUAUAUACGUCUUAAUUAUAAAUUUAAAGUAAAUGAUGUAUGUCGUGAUGAUUCAUUUACAGUAAGUGUUGAUUUUGAUGAACUUAUCAUAGAAUGGGAUUUAUAUAGAUGUCAACCUUUAUCUUAG